GCCCCGCCCCCGCCUCGUCCUGCUUCCCCACUCUCCACGUCUCGCCCCCCUCGAUCACCACCUUCUCUCCGUCCGAUCCCCUUCUUCGGCCGAUCAUGGCCGUUGGAUUGCUUCCCCGGUCUACCAGCGUGUGGUAGCCAUUUUCCCUCGCUAUAUAACUGCUACUUUUUCCCUGCUCCAUUCACCGUCUCGAAAUCCCACCGGAAGUUGUUCUCUCCGAACUCCGCACGCUAACCGCCGUCAUCACCGGUCGUCGUGCAUCGAGAUUCGCGUCUCGGCAUGGGAGUCGUCGCUGUGCCCAGCUCCGCCUCCCGAUCGCCCUUCGGCAGCGGCCUCGCCGUCCGCCGGUCGUCGCCGCUCCGCCGACCCUUCUUCUUCUUGGCCUUCAAGGGCGGCCCCGGCCCCAAGUGCUCGGCCUUGGUCACGCCGCCGGAGGCCGUCACGCAGGAGGCCGUGAAGGAGCCGAAGAAAAGCCCAGCGAGAGCCGCCAAGCGGUCCAAGAGAGGGAAGGCCGUCGCCGUCGUCGCGGCCCCCACGACCGCCGAUCCCUCCGAUGCUUGCCCUCGCGAUCCGGACUACAGCGAGGUUGCCGCCGCCCUCGAGAACAUCUACAAGCUCAGCCCGGCCGAUGUCUCGGACGGGGAGGAGAGCGGCCGCCAGACCGUGGUGAAAGAUGGGAGUUUGGGGGUGGACAAUGUGGUCAGGAACCGGAAGAAGAGGGUGAAAAGGUUGGGUCUCGAGGAAAGGAUAUCCAUGAGGCGCAGGCCGAAGGAGGAGGCGGGGACGGAAGCAAGGAGAGGCGAAGGAAGGGAGUUUGAUGAGGAUGUGGAGAUAUUAGUCAGGGAGUACUCCGGCUCCACCAAUUUGGACAGUUUGGACUGGAAGAGGAUGAAGAUACCGCCAGUUCUUAGCUCGGCCGAGCAUACUUGGCUUUUCAAGCUGAUGCAACCCAUGAAGGCAAUACUUCAAGUGAAGGAGGGCAUGUACAAGGAUCUGAACAGGGAGCCGACCGACGGUGAGCUGGCAGAUGCAGUUAACAUGAGUGUUCCACAAUUGAGAAGACAUAUAGAAGUUGCUCGGGCAGCAAGAGACAAGCUAAUCAAGCACAACCUUCGGCUAGUUUUGUUUGUAAUAAAUAAGUAUUAUCCAGAGAUUGCAAGCGGCCAGAAGUUCCAAGAAUUUUGUCAAGCGGGAGCAAAGGGUCUCAUUACUGCCAUUGAUCGGUUUGAACCAAAGCGUGGUUUCCGUCUAUCCACAUACAGCCUCUUUUGGAUUCGGCAUUCUAUUAUUCGAUCAAUGACACUCUCAAGCUUCACAAAAGUUCCUUUUGGGAUUGAAUCGGUCAGGCAAGAAAUUAAAAAAGCCAAACUAGAGCUAUCAUUUGAGCUGGGAAGAUUGCCUACCGAAGAAGAGAUCGUGGACAGGGUUGGAAUAUCCUUGGAAAGAUAUAAUGAAGUUAUGAAGGCAUCAAAACCAGUACUCUCACUCAAUGCACGGCAUGUGGUAACACAAGAAGAGUUUAUCAACGGCAUCACUGAUAUUGAUGUAGGAGGUGAUAAACGUAGACAGCCUGCAGUCCUACGACUUGCUCUUGAUGAUGUGCUGGAUUCACUAAGGCCGAAGGAGAGCUUGGUAAUCAGACAGAGGUAUGGGCUUGACGGCAAAGGUGAUAGGACUUUGGGAGAGAUUGCGGGAAACCUCAAUAUCUCCAGAGAGAUGGUGCGGAAGCAUGAACUGAAGGCUCUCCUGAAGCUGAAACAUCCAACUCGGGUUGACUAUCUCCGAAGAUAUGUUUGACUCAUGAGUUGAUGCAUUUGUACCAUGUAUACGUGUAUAUAUGGUAGUCAUUGUACCGAUAUCGAACUUCCACCUCAUAUACUUGUUAUGGUCAAAGAGAAAUCUUUGUAUCAUAGCCACACUAUCAGAAAUACAGUGGAAUUGUUUAUAUACAGUCAUUCUGGUUGAGUACACAUGAAACUAAAGCUAUUCUGUGAUA